AUGUACGGUGCCCUCACUGUUAGUCAGUUAGAUAGUUCGAUGCUGAUGAUGAAAGCGGCCCUCAUCACCAACCGUGUACUACAAAGCUCCGUGUAUCAAAACGCCCAGUCAUUGGCCAUUUUCCUCUCCAUGCCAGGGCGGGAGGUCUCGACACGUGAUAUCGUCUUGCAAGCACUCAAAGAUGGGAAGGAGGUUUUUGUGCCUUAUCUCCAUCCAGGUGACACUCCCAAGUCUAGAGUCAUGGACAUGCUGCAGUUGCAGGAUGAGGCAGACUUCAGUUCCCUCACGCCAGAUGCCUGGGGUAUCCCAUCCAUCCCGUCAGACUCAGUUGACCGAAGAAGAAACGCACUUGGAGGACUGGGUAUUUUGAACAAGGCUACAGAUGGCCAAACUGGCUACCCGAAGCUCCAUUUGAUAUUUAUGCCAGCUGUGGCUUUUGACCAGUCUGGUCAACGACUUGGCCAUGGCAAGGGUUUCUAUGACCGCUACCUUGAAACCUAUAAAAUGACUCUGGAGUCCACUCAACCAGCAGGUCGAAUGCCAUAUCUUGUUGGUCUCGCACUCCAACCACAAAUUCUGCCAGUCGGGGAAAAUAUUCCGACCAACGACGAUGACUGGCGUGUUGACCAGGUGACGACGGGAGAUGACUGA